AUGGCGAGCAAAACAGCUGUGGCAGCAGCGGCCACUUUAGCAGUAGCAGCAGCAGCAGCAGCUGCAGCAGCAGCAGCAGCAGCAGCAGCAGCAGCGACUGAGAAGCAGCUAGGCGUAACAGCAAUGCCUCCACGUCAAACAGACACUCCGCGUGAGCGACUGCAACAAACUUUCAAAAUUUUACGAGAUUUGAUGCAGCUGCUGCAGCAGCUGAUAGAGGGCCUCUGCAGCGCAGCAGAAGGACACAGGAGGCCCUCGGCCCCACAGGGGGCCCCCCCAGCAGCAGCAGAAACUGCUGCAGCUGCGGCUGCAGCAGCAGCAGCAGCAACGGCAGCUGCUGCAGCUGCGAUAAUGGCAAAGAAGGUGAAGCUGAGGGGGGGCUUUGGCCGCAAGCGAAGGGGGGGGGGAUAUCUUUCGCUGCUGAGCCGCUACGAAGCUGCUGUUGAGCUGCAGCAGCAGCAAGAGCGGCAGCAGAAGAGGCUGAAGAAGCAGCAGAAGCAGCAGCAGAAGCAGCAGAAAAAGGAAGAGAAACGAAGGCGCAGGCAGCAGCAGAAGGAGCUCGAGGAGCAGCAGCAGCAGCAGCUGCGGCAGCAGAAGAAGCAGCGCAGAGAAGCUGCUGCUGCUGCCAGGCAGCAGCCCCAAAGGAAGCUGCAGCGCCUGCUGCAGGCCCUGCACUUUGCCCCCUCCAAGGGUGCAGCAGGAGCUGCUGCUGCUGCUGCUGCUGCUGCUGCUGCUUUUGUCCCUCCGUCUGCUGCAGCACGGGGAGUCCUCAGCGACGACAGCGAGGGAGAAGACAGCAGCAGCAGCGCAGCAGCAGAAGAGGAGCUGCAGCAGCAGCAGCAGCAGCAAGAUGACGGGGAGGCAGGAGAUGCUGCUUCAGACUCGGAUCUGAGUGCAGCAGCAGAAUCAGCAGCAGCAACAGAUGAAGAGACUGAAGCAGAUGAGGACAUAUCCGAGGGAGAAGCAGCAGCAGAAGAAGCAGCAGAAUCAGAAGACGACGACGCUGCUGCUGCUGCUGCUGCUGCUGCUGCUGCUGAUCCAGCAAAGCAGAGCCGGUUCACGCUCGAGGCCUUCGGCCUGGCGAGGGCUGCAGCGCAGCUAGCAGCAGCAGCAGCAGGUGCUGCUGCUGCUGCUAAAGGCGACCGGGACCGGGCUGCUGCUGCUGCUGCUGCUGCUGCUGCUGCUGCGCUGCCGCCAUUAGACUUCUCCUGCACUUUCGACGAGGAGCUGGACGACGCUGCUGCUGCUGCGCGGCAGCUGUUCGUGCAGCAGCGAAGCAGCAGCAGCAGCAGCAGCAGCAGCACAAAAGCUAAGCGCAGCGACAGCAGCAGCAGCAGCAGCACUUAUGCUGGAGGCAGCUUUCUGGACGCAUGCGUGGAGAGCCUUGCAGGCACUGCCUUCUGCCCUGCCUCGCCGUUCGCCCUGCAGCAGCAGCAGCAGCAGCAGCAGCAGCAGCAGCAGCAGCUGGAGGAGGUCACCUUGUCGCUUCCUGACUGCGCGCCUUUCACCACUCGCUUGUCCCGCGUGACUCCAAACCCCGCGCUGGCCUCGCCUGCUGCUGCUGCUGUUGCUGCUGCUGCUGCUGCUGCCCCCAACAGCAGCAGCAGCAGCAGCAGCAGCAAGACGUUCCUCGAGGGCGUGCUGCAGCAGCAAGCGCCUGCAGACCCCCUUGCGGUGUACGGACAGCUGGGCCCCUUCCCCGUAGACGCUUAUGGGGCCCCACACUUUGUUGCUGAGGGUCUUCGCCGUUUGCUGCAGCAGCAGCGCUCGCCCUUGGCCGAAGCAGACUACCCAGUCCUCAAGCCCAGCAGCAGCAGCAGCAGCAGCAGCAGCAGCAGCAGCAGCAGCAGCGGGGGCGGGCUGCCCGCGUGUCUGGAGCGGCUGUACCAUUUGCUGCACUCCUAUGCAGAUUGUCUUUACCCCCACGAAAACCCUUUUGCUGCUGCUGCUGUUCGCCGUGUUGCUGCUGCACAUGCUUUGGGGCACUGCUUCAAGGCCAGAAGCAGAGCAGCAGCAGCAGCAAAAGUUGCUGCUGCUGUGGCUGACGCAGACGCGCAGCAGCGCACGCAGCUCGUAAACAGAGCUGCAGCAGAAGGAAACCUCAGCUGCUUCUUUGAGUUCAAGCUUCUCCAGCAGCAGCAGCAGCAGCAAAAGCAGCAGCAGCAGCAGCAGCAGCGGCAAAAGCAGCAGCAGCAAAAGCAGCGACAGCAGCAAGGAGAAGAACCAGCUGCAGCAGAUGCCGCUGCUGCUGCAGCUGCAGCUGCAGAGCAAGAAAGAGAGGCGCCCUGUGCAGCGGAACCAGCAGCAGCAGCAGCAGCAGCAGCAGCAGCAGAGCAGCAGCAACUUAGUGCUGCUGCAUGCGAGGAGUGGCUGCGCUCGCUGCUUCAAGACAGCAGCUACACGAGGCCUCGCGUGCUGCUGCUGCUGCCUUUCCGCUCAGCAGCAAAAGAAGUGGUGGAUGCCAUGCUGCAGAUGCUGCCAGAAGGCUUCCAGGCAAUCAGCAGCAGCAGCAGCAGCAGCAGCAGCAGCAGCAGCAGCAGCAGCAGCAGCAGCAGCAGCAGCAGCAGCAGUAGCAGCAGCAGCAGCAGCAGCAGCAGCAGCAGCAGCAGCAGCAGCAGCAGCAGUGGCUGCUGGUGCAUUGCUUGGCACUGCCCGCUGCAGCGUUUCCCGCGUUUGCUGCAGCAUUUCCUAGCUGUUCUGAACGAGAAGCAGUACCGGGCGUCCUUCGGGCCGUCUGAAGAGGGUGGCGCUGCUGCUGCUGCAGCAGCAGCAGCAGCAGCAGCAGAGCAGCAGCAAAGCUUCCUGAAGGCGCGGCGGCCCCGGGACUUCAGGGCCACUUUUGGCGGCAGCAGCAGCGACAACUUCAGCCUGGGUCUUCGCCUCAGCAGCAAAUCAAUUUCUCUUUGCUGCUCGCUGCAGGACAGCGACAUUCUUGUUGCUUCUCCCCUCGCCCUCCGCGUCCUCACUGGCGCAAAGGGCGAAGCAAAGAGGGAAUUUGACUUUUUGUCUUCUUUGGAAAUCAUUAUAAUUGACAGGGCAGAUAUCAUCGCGCUGCAGAACUGGCAGCUCCUCAAGGAGGUCUUGGAGGUGUGCAACCUGCCGCCGCAGCGCUACACGUCUUUCGACAUUCGGCGGCUGCGGCCCUCCAUGGCUGCUGCUGUGGGGCAAACAGAUCGGCAGCUAGUGAUUUGCUGCAGCGGGAGAAGCAGCAGAUUUGGGGCUUUGCUGCAGGGCUUUUCAGCAAACAGAAGGGGCUGUUUGCAGCUGUUUGAGCCGCGUCUUGCUGCAGUUUGCAUGCCUUUGGACAUCCCCUCGCGCGAGCUUGCUGCUGCUGCUGCUGCUGCUGCAGCAGCAGCAGCAGCAGCAAGUGCUGGGGAGCAGGCGGGCGAAGCAGACGGCAGGAGCGAGGCGGCAAGGGCAGUCGCGGCAGCAGAUGCUGCUGCUGCGGAAGUUGCUGCAGCGGCUGCUGCAGCAGACGCUGCCAUCUUGGAAGCAGCAGAAGCAGCAGCAGCAGCAGGACAGCCACGAGGCUUUGUUGCUGCUACUCUCCGCUGCAGCCGCGCCGGCGCCCAGCAGCUGUUCUGUUUAGACCUAAUAAACUACUUCUGCUCUAAUGUGCUGCCAACUUUGGGGGGUGCUGCUUCUCGCGUUUUGCUGCUGGUCAAUUCCUACUUGGAGAUCUGCAGACUGCGAGUGGCUCUGAAGGAGCACUCCAUCAGCUACACGACCUGCCACGAGUACACCUCAAACGCUAAACUCUCAAGGGCAAGACAGUCAUUUCUCAAAGAAGCAGCCGCAGGCAGGCGUUGUCGCGUGCCCCCUGCGCCCCCCACUGCUGCUGCUGCUGCUGCUGCUGCUGCUGCUGCUGCUGCUGCUGCAGGGGAUGUGCCAGUGCUAGUGACAACAAGCCGCUUUUGCUUCUACCGCCGCUACCGCCUUUGUGGGGCCAAAAGGAUUAUCAUGUUGGGCCCUCCGUGCAGCGCUGAGGUGUACGUACACCUGGUGACGGAGUCGCUGCCGGCUGCGGCGGACGGCGGCGCUGCAGCAGCAGCAGCAGCAGCAGCAGCAGCAGCGACGGGCGCAGCAGCAGCAGCAACGGGCAGAGUCCAGGGCUCCGUCUUGUGCUACUUCACAGCUUUUCAGCUGCAGGGACUUGAGCAGCUAAUGCCGCUGCGGCAGGCGCUGCAGCUGCUGCAGAUGCCCAAAGGCCGGAGUGCAGAGGGCUGGCAGCAGCAGCAGCAGCAGCAGCAGCAGCAGCAGCUCUUGUAA